AUGUCGUCGUCUCAAACCGCUCUCAACCUCGCUAUGUCGCAACCAGAAGUCUUCUCGUUCACCACGCGCACCACGCGCACCCGCAGCAGCAUCAGUCACCGCCAGUCGCGCCUUUGCUCGACCGCUCGCUGCUCUUGCCGCUCCGCGCUCGCCACCUUCCGCAUUCCCCCUCCAGCGCCCAUGGCGUGGAGCGGCAGCGGCGCGCGGUGCCGUGCCGAGCCAGCGGUCCCACUUUCCGCCUCCCCCCUCGCCCCUCAAACUACCUCCUGCUUGCGCCGUAACCUCGCAUCCCUCCCCGCUCUUCUCCCCGCCCCCGUUCUGCGCAGCCAGGAGGCGCGCAUGCGGCAGGAGGUGCUGAACCCGUUCCGCACGGUGCGCAUGUUCCUGUACGGCGCGUUCAUCGCGUCCGCGUCCGUCGGCGCGCUCAUCACCGCCACGUCGCUGCUCGCCAUCGCGACGGGCGCGCGCGACGCGGACGCGCUGCAGAUUCAGGACUCGCUCAAGGACCUCGGGAUUGACGUGGCGGCUGUCGCUAUAUUCGCGUUCCUGUACCGGUCGGAUGCGCGGGGCAAAGACGCAUCUCUGAACCGGCUGACUCGGGAAGAGAACCUGGCAAAGCUGCGCCUGGAGCUGCCCACGGGGCGCAUUGUCAGCCUGGCCCAGCUGCAGGGCUCCUGCCGCCUCAUCAUCGUCGCUGGCCCCCUCUCCCAUGUGCAAAACGCCCUCGCUGCCGCCGAGCCGUACCGUGCUGCGCUGCUGGAGCGAGCAGUGGUGGUAGCUCCGCUUGUGACUGUGGGUGCUGAAGCAGGGGCGGCAGCUUUAGAAAAUGUUGUGCUGCCUGGGGAUUUUAAAGGGUUUGCGGAGGUGGUGGACCCUGCUUGGGGGGGUGAAGUGGCUGGGGAUGGCGGUGGUAGGGGAAAGGUGGAUGAGCUGGGUGGUACUGCACAAGCUGCUACAGCUGCCACUGGGUUGCUUCAGAGGUGGAUGGGCCGGCCAACUUACACUGAUGAAUGGAACAGAUGGUUGAAGGAGCAAAUGAAGUUCGCCAAUGUGGCUCCGGGAUCUCCAGUGUACAUUUCUCUACGGCUAGAUGGGCGUGUUCGAGCUAGUGGAGUGGGAUAUCCGCCGUGGAAUGUGAUCGCUGCUCAAUUACCCCCCAUGAAGGGAAUGUGGGCUGGCCCACUUGAUGGAAUGGAUGGCCGGGGUCAUGACGUGGAGGCGGGCCCGUCGUCCGAUCUUCUUUACCCAGGAAUCACGCCGUCCGAGAAUGAGAUGCGAUGGGGAUUCAUUCGGAAGGUGUACGGCAUCAUUGGAGCACAACUCCUACUCACCGCAGCCGUCGGAUCGUGCUUCGCUCUCAUCCCAACCGUCCGCGACUUCGGCCUCACCAAUGGAUACUUCAUGUUCUUCGCCACCAUCCUACCCUUCGCCACGCUCAUUCCUCUCGUCAUCUAUCGGUCUCGCCAUCCUCUCAACCUGGCCUUGCUCGCAAUCUGGACGGCGUCCAUGAGCAUGACCGUGGGCCUCAUCUGCAGCAUGUACAGCGGGCCCAUAGUUGUCGAGGCUCUUGGCCUGACAGCUUCAGUGGUGCUGGGACUGACAGCGUACACGUACUAUGCUGUCAAGAAGGGGCAGGAGUUCAGCUACCUGGGUCCCAUGCUCUACGUCAGCCUCUGGCUGCUGCUCGGCUGGUCCUUCAUCCAAAUCUUCUGGGGCCUUGGCAGCGAGUUCGCUCUGGCUCUGGUGGGUGCGCUCAUCUUCGCCCUCUUCAUUGUGUACGACACCGACCUUAUCAUCAGGCGGUACUCAUACGACGAGUAUGUGAUGGCAAGCCUCAACAUCUAUCUUGACAUCAUCAACCUCUUCAUUCGCAUGCUUGAGAUCCUACAGUACCUGCAGGGCAACAACUGA